AUGCGCCGCGCCAUCAACGCACUCACUCCGGCCCUCCGUUCCCCCGUCUUCCGUUCGCCUCCCCGUCCUCGCUACAUAGCCUACACCGCGGCGGCCAUCUUCCCCUUCUCCCUCUUCUCGACGACUCCCAACAUGUCCGAGCAGUUCAAGGUCAACAAGUCUGAUGCUGAGUGGCAGGCACAGUUGUCGCCUGAGCAGUUCCGCGUCCUCCGCCGGCAGGGCACCGAGAGGCCCGGCUCGCAUGAGUUUGACAAGAAGGACGCCGCUGGCGUGUACACGUGUGCGGGCUGCGACGCGCCGCUGUACACCUCGAAUCAGAAGUUCGCGUCCGGCUGCGGAUGGCCCGCGUUCUUCGACACCGUCCCUGGCGCCGUGCUCCGGCGCGAGGACAACUCAAACUUUAUGACGCGCAUCGAGAUUGUGUGUGCCAACUGCGGCAGCCAUCUUGGACACGUCUUCAAGGGCGAGGGAUACGCUACUCCAACCGACGAGCGCCACUGCGUUAACGGCAUCUCGCUCAACUUUAAAGGCGAGUAG